AUGGUUGUCCUUGCGGCUUCAAUUGUAACAAAAAGCGGGAGACCAGUCAUUUCUCGACAAUUUCGAGAAAUGCCUCGCUCCCGAAUCGAAGGAUUACUCUCCUCGUUUCCCAGACUAAUCCCCACUAAUAGCCAGCAUACGUCCGUUGAAACAGCCGACGUUCGAUAUGUCUAUCAGCCUCUCGAAGAGCUAUAUAUCCUUCUCAUCACCAACAAAGCAUCGAACAUUCUCCAGGAUAUUGACACUCUCCACCUCGUCACUCGCGUCGUGUCUGACCAUUGCCGGAAUGCUGACGAGAAAGAAGUUUCUCGAAAUGCAUACGAACUCUUAAACGCGUUCGAUGAAGUGAUUAGUCUAGGCUACCGGGAGAACAUCAAUUUGAUGCAGAUACGCAAUGUUCUUGAGAUGGAAAGCCACGAAGAGAAGAUUCAGGAGAUCAUUUCUAGGAACAAGGAGGCAGAGGCGAAGGAAGAACUCAAACGACGCGCAAAACAGUUGGAGCUGCAGCGUCGCGAACAAAUGAAGCGCGCACAAAUGAGUGGCUCAGGUGCCGUUCCCGGCGGUUAUUCAAGUCUUGGCGGUGGUCUCACUGGCUACUCCAGCCUUCCCCGUUUCGAUUCGCCUGAGCCAACACCAAAAGCAUCUACUUUCACUGCUGCCAGCAGCACACCGAAAGCACCGGCCUUUAAGGGAAGCGGUAUGAAACUUGGGAAAAAGCCGAAACAAGCUGGCCUUAUCGACGCGUUGGCCGACGAGGUUGCUACGCCCCCAGAGGAGCUGUCGGCAGCAUCACCUGAACCGGAAGCUCCGCUUCAAAUCACCCAGAUCGCCCCGCCGGCCGUAACUAAACAAAAGGUGCACAUCAACACGCGCGAGCAAAUAUCCCUCACACUCCUUCAAGCUGGAGGUCUAAAGUCUUUCGAAAUUAAAGGCGAUCUCAACCUUUUGAUUUCCGACCCAUCCGUCUCUCGUGUCAAGCUUUCGCUUUGCUCUCCUUCCGAGUUGGCGUCCUCUCUGGGCUCCAAGGGUCUCCAGUUCAAAUAUCACCCGAAUUUGGCACGCGGCGGCGGGUCAGGGUUGGAGAAAGAGAUCAAACUCAAAGACGCAAACCGCAGUUGGCCAAUCGGGACACCUUUGGGUGUGCUAAGAUGGCGUGCCCAAAGCAAAGAUGAGAGUCUGGUACCCCUGUCAAUCAAUUGUUGGCCGUCCCCAUCUGGCAAUGGGACGUGCGAUGUGAACAUUGAAUAUGAACUUGAGAACGAGUCUCUGGAACUCAUUAAUUUGGUUAUCUCCAUCCCUCUUCCGGAGGGAGGCUACCCGACCGUUGCCUCGUUUACGGGUGAUUGGGCUGUAGAUCCAUCUACACAUUCACUUCUCUGGACCGUCCAGCGUAUCUCGUACAACGAUGACUCUCGCGCUGGCAGCCUUGAGUUCUCCGUUGGUGGGGAGGAGCCGUCGGGUUUCUUCCCUGUCAAGGUGAAUUUCACGGGAUUAAGCAGCCUAUUAGGCAUCACUGUGGAUGGCGCUUCUCAGCUUGACAGCGGUGAAAACGUAGAGUUCUCACAAGAAUUGUCAUUGACUACAGAUGAAUAUGUUGUCGUCUAG